AUCGGCCACGACAUCGGCCCCAUCGGGCUGGGCGGCCACGGCCUCGGCGACGUCGCCCUCGCCGGACACGGCGCGCCUCUCAUUGCCGGCCACGGCCUCGGCCACCCCAUCACCACCUCCAUCCACACUGUCAUCACCAAACAGGUGGCCGUGCCCGUGCCGCACCCCGUGCCCGUGCCCGUCAUCAAGCACACGCCCGUGCCCGUGCCCGCACCCUACCCGGUGCCGGUGGACAGGCCGUACGCCGUGCCCGUGCCCAAGCCCUACCCCGUGCACGUGGACCGACCCUACGCCGUGCCCGUGGACAAGCCCUACCCCGUGGCGGUGCCCCACCCCGUCCCCGUUCACGUCCCGCACCCCGUGCCCGUGCCCGUCUCGCACCCGGUGCCCGUGCCGGUGGCCAGGCCCGUCCCGGUGCCGUACCACGUCCCCUACGUCGCCAAGGAGGUCCACGUGCCCUACGUCGCCAAGACCGUCGUCCCCGUCUCGGCCCACUACGGCCACGGCCUGGGCUACGGCCUGGGCUACGGCCAUGGCGGCACGGACCUCACCGUCGCCGGGCUCAGCGGGCUAGGAGGCCUAGGUUCAUACGGCCUCGGCGGCCACGGCAGCAUCGAGCACUAGAAUAGGUCAUAAGUCGCCCCCGUCAUCAUCCACCCCCCAGCUCACCGCACCAGCCACACGGUACAAAAAAUGUUCCUCUUCAGAAUACACACAUCCCAAAGCCU